GGGCUCUGUUGUCCAAUGAUGGUUAUCAUUCAUUGCAACUGAACACUGUGGGCAACCGAUUGUUUACCUGGUGCAAGGCCAACUGUUGUUUUUGCUCACGGUUGUGCCAGUGGUGGCCUCCCGCCCGACUUCUCAAGGUUCGGAGGGCUACUUCUACAACUUCACUAGCAGCGCCUGUGACGUAUGCCCAGCUGGGAAGUACCAGGAGAUGGCGAAUAGCAUGUCGUGCGAUGAUUGCCCUCCGGGCACAUACUUGGAGGAUGACGGAGUGAACUGGAAGUUGCAUGUCCAUCAACGAUACUGCUCUUUAUGCCCCUUGGGGAAGGCCUCCAACAGCCUUGCGGCCACUGCGUGCAUCGAUUGCGAGAUAGGGAGAUUUGCCAACUUUCCGGGGAACACCGAGUGUUGGAGUUGCGGUUGGUCCAUGAUCGCGGGAGUGGCCAACAUGAGCGGCUCUUCCACAUGCAGCCCCUGCGAGUUUGGCUACAUUCCAGAUACAAACUACACUGCCUGUACUGCCUGCCCAGAAGGAAAGUAUAACAACAAUCAAUGGGGCUAUUGCGAUGACUGCGAUUGGGGGCAGGUGUCUCAAGCUGGUUCCAGCAGCUGCGAGAGGUGUUCUGCGGGGACCUAUGCCAGCAACAAUACAUGCAUCGAUUGCCCAGAAGGCCGCUAUAGCUGGUCGGAGUCAAUUGAAUGUUAUGAUUGCUGGGAGGGCACAGCAGCAGCAGGCACUGGCAAUUCUGACUGUAGAGAAUGUCCUGCAGGGAGAUAUGCUUCCUCCGCUGCUGCAGCCUGUUCCCCUUGCGCAGCUGGAACCACCUCGGUGGCACAGUCAAACUACUGCUAUGAGUGUCCGUAUGGGGAGAUUUCGCAGGAAGGCAGUCCAAUCUGCACGAAUUGCCCACCUGGAUGGUAUGCGAAUGACAACGCCACGGAGUGCUUAGAGUGUCCGGGUGGAACGUACAAAGGAGCUCAAGACUCCUAUUGCAAUGACUGCAGCAGUGGAUACUUCUCAUUCAACGGGAGUGCCACCUGUGAUAUUUGCCCAGCAGGCAAGUAUUCGGACUAUGCCGCCUCUUCAUGUAUUGAUUGUUCCGCUGGCACCUACUCCUCAUAUGAUGGCUCGUAUUAUUGCGACACCUGCUAUUACGAGGCAGUCCUAGACAAUGGCACCACCUGUGGGCCAUGCCCUGCGGGAAAGGUCAUGCAGGGUAAUCCCAUUAUAUGUGUGGCAUGUGACCCUGGAACCUUCUCCACCUAUGGCUAUGACACGAACUGCUCCCAGUGCCCUCAGGGAAGGUACUCGGCGGAGGUGGGGCGAGGCACCCCUUGUGAGGCAUGCCUUGGAUUGACCACACAAGCAGCAGGGUCCACGAGCAUCAAUGACUGCAUUUCGCCAGUGCCCAACCAAACAUUUCAAUGCCCCAGAGGAAAGGAGUGCUCCGUGGCUGACUUUCAGGGUGUUGAUGUGUUGAGUACAAACCAGCUGAUGGCGAAGCACGACACUUGCAUGUCUUCUGGCUCUGAAGACUUUUGGAAGCAUUGGGGCAGUAUUGGCUAUGGUAGUUACUAUUACAGCGGCUAUGGCUAUGGCGGAUAUAUAAUGCGCCGGCUACAGACCAUUGAGCCAGGUUCGCAGGUGAGCGGCUUUAGCUAUGACCCCAUGUCAUCUCAAGGAUCCAACAACUUUUCCUGGACCGGGCCCAUCAGCUCCGAGGUCGGCACAUAUCGCCUUUGCUGGUGUGGUGGUGCGACGGGGUGCUGGUCCAUCCAUCACUAUGAGGUUGAUGCGGGCACCAUCUCCGUCUUGGGACCUUAUCCGGAUCAAAGCGUGGUUUGCGUCAUCGGGAGGCUUUGUGAAGAUAUGGGUCCCAUCCAAGGACUUGGACUUCAAUCCAGCGAUUUGGUCAAUGUGCGCUCCGCCUGCAAGGCAGAGUUCGCUGGCGCUAUGUCAGUGCCGCUGCAAGUAACUAGCAGGCCCAACAGUCUCAUUGCUGAUGCUGAUGACCUCUACUUGAGUGCAUUUGGGGUGGCGUGGUUUCCACCCGACACCUAUGCCCUUUGCUGGUGCAGUGCCCUUGGAGCAAGCUGCAGCAGCGACUACUUAGAAGCGCUUCUUGGCACGGUCUACGUGUCCGGCCCCAAGAAUGGCAAUUCCGGCAUUUGUGGCAAAGGUCAAUUCUGUUGGGCGACCUUGAUGAGCGGCGGCACACAAUUGGCUGCAGGGGAUCGACUGACCUUUUUGCCCUCCUGUGGCACUGGAGAAUUCCUCACCGGCUUGCCUGCGCCAUAUUUGACAACGCAAAAUGGCUUCGACUUCUUCUUUCCAGUGGAUGACCUGCUCUUCGUGGAGCCCGGAAUGAACCGAAUGUGUUGGUGUAGGCAGGACCUGAGCCAAAACAUUGAUUGCGAGAAAGGCAGCGACUUCAACGUGGAAGCCGGCUUGUUCCUAGCUGUUGGCCCCUACACAGGCCAGUCGCAGAUCUGCACUCGUGGCCAAGACUGUGUGGUGACGGGUUUGCGCGGUUUGGGCCUCUCGUUGACGGACAAGAUCACUCCCUUGUCAGACUGCUACCCCACUUGGCUUCCCACGCAGACGUUCUUCUCUUGGCCACCUCCGCAGUUCCCCUUGCAAUCAGAUCCUGCCACUGGAGGGUACAAGAUCGACGCAGGGACGAUCAGCUUGGAGGGGCACGCGGAAGCCGUUCAGAUGUGCUGGUGCGUCCUUUCCGACAUUUCGCAAUGCGAAGACCCAUGGUUCUUCGGCGCCGUGGCUGCCACUGUCUACAUGGCUUGUGCGAACGGCUGGUACGAGCUGGCGCCCGGGUACGACAGUCGGUGCAAGAGGUGCCUGCAAUCGUACUACUGUGAAGGUGGCUGGCCGUCGGGCAUCGCCAAGUGCGCGGCCGGGACCACCUCGCCGGUGGGCAGUGUGACGGCGGCGGCCUGCGAAUGCCGGGAGGGCUACGAGUGGAACCCAGAGCUCUCCGUAUGCGUGGCUUGUGCCGAAGGCACCUACAAGGACUCGGUGGGCAACACGCAAUGCUUGGGUCGGUGUCCACCGGGGACCACGUCCGCCUCUGGGGCGAUCCACGUGCGCGAGUGCUACUGCACCGGGGACACCAUUGACACGGAUCCGUUGCCGGACAGCUUUGCGUGUAGCGAUUUGGUGGAGCUGAUGUCCAGCUUCAGUGACAGUAGCUUCUCGUCCACGGAGGCCUUAGUCUACAUCUUCCAAGGGACCAUGAGAGUUGCAGAUGCUUCCAGCGUGACCAUCUUGAACGAGAUCUUUCUGGCCAUUGGAAACUCUUUGUUAGCGCUGCCGUGGCCCAUGAACCGGCUUUCGGUCAACAUGGUCCCAUUCUAUUUCAAUGAGACCGCGUAUGUGAACUACAGCAUCUCCAGCUCAGAAGAGUCCUUGAUUCUGGAGAUUUAUUCCAAGUUUGAUUCCGACGUCUUUGGUGCUUGGGCCCUCUACAGCAUGAAGGGCACGGCCUUGGAUUCCGCAGAGUCGUUUCCACCGACGCAGAUCGCCGCGGUCACAGUGCAGUGCCCUGAGGGGCUAGGAUUUCCGGAUGGUGCGCUCAUCGAAGGUUUGCAGCAGUGCGCCUGCCCGCACGGCAUGCAGCCAGCCACGACGGGCGCUCGUGGUUUGGACGUGGGCUGUGUCCGCUGCCCGGUGGGGAAGUACAAAUCCUCUGUGGCCGAUGUGGAGUGCACUCAGUGCCCCACGGGAAAUGGGGGCGAAGUCCAGUUGACCACUUUGCAAGAAGGUUCGAUCUCAUAUGCCUCUUGCACCUGUGGCCCGGGGCUAUUGAGCCUGCCGGGUGAGUCCAGUUGUUCCAACUGUGGCUUCAACUUCUUCUGCUUGGGUGGCGCCCAACGGCAGGCAUGCCACCCUUCCAAAGCCACAGUGGUGGCGAAUGCCAAGAGUGAAGAUGAAUGCCUUUGUGCCGCCGGCUUCUACCCCGCCAAUACGUUGUGCCUGACCUGCGACCCCGGACGUUACAAGGGCGACGCGUCCAACAGCGAGUGCACCUCCUGCCCGGCAGGGACCUUCUCGGGGCAAGGAGAAGCGGCAUGUCACGACUGUGAUGCUGGGCGGUACUCCACUGGGGGUAUGUCCAGUUGCGAGCUUUGCCCCGAGGGGCGCUUCUCACAGACCGUUGCGGCCACCUCAUUGGAGUCCUGCUUGCCCUGUGAGACCGGCAAGUGGAGCAACGACACGGGCGUGGCCUCCGUCGACGGCUGCAUGGACUGCGUCUUGGGUUCCACGACGGUCUCGGAUGGCGCAGAGGAUCUCAGCUACUGCGUCCGCCCGGAUCCGGAGCAGACGAGGAACUGUACCUCUGGCAGGAUCUGUGUCGCCGAGAACGUCACAGGAUCGAGGUUGCAAGAUGGACACCGGCUUCUCUUGACGCUCACCAACGACUGCACCAAAACCAAGAGCCUCGUGAGCGGCAUCGCAGAGAAUGGAGUUUCAGGAUUCGCCACGGAGGCUGGUAGCCGCUAUGUUUGGGGAAGCACGCCAUCGGACUUCACCCCAGAGGGUGCUUGGAGGACUGUGUGCUGGUGCUCCAAUAUUGGAGACCUUCUGUGUGACAGUGCGGGUGCCUUCCUGCUCUCGGCCGGGCGGCUUCUCAUCAUUGGCCCCCAACAAGCCGAUUUUUAUUGUGUCCGGGGUCAGGACUGCGACAAUUUGCAGCCCUUUUCUGGCUUUGGAUUGCUCGAAAGUGACCAUCUCGUGAUUCAGCGUGAUGCGUGUGGCUCCUCUGCGACGACUGACAUCUCUCCGGACAACCAGCUUGGGACGGGGUUCUUUCAACCUUUGAGCAGGAACGGGCUUUGGGUGACGCUCAUCCUAACCUUUGGGACUUCGGAUGGCACUAGCGAUUAUCAUGUUGAGAUCGACGCUAGCCAGCGUGGAUAUUUGCUUUGCUGGUGUAGUGGUGAUGGCGCCUCCACAUGCAAUCCCGAAGAUCACGUCGUGGAUGCUGGACGCUUGAAAGUCUUGGGGCCCAAUACCAAUCAGGAACGCGGAUGUGCAGUGGGACAGGUGUGCCAGGUGGACGGGGUCUUGGGUGCCAGCAUGCAGCCCAAAGAUUUGCUCAGGAUUUUGUCGGAUUGUGGUAGGGGAGCAGCGAUCCCCGGAUUUCCCGGGCAAGGUGUCCUGCACUCCAGCGAUGGAUCAGACUUCACCUUUCUGGAUGGGGGCGACCAGAUCUUGCUUUCCGUCCCGGGGAUCUUCCGCAUUUGCUUUUGCCGGCCCGGCUUGGGCGAAGUCUGCGACAGCUCCAGUGGCUUUAAAGCGCGAGUGGGACUGAUGACCGCCAGCGGACCGUUCGUGCGAUCGACCACCUGCGAGCUGGGCAGCAGUUGCACCAUUUCUUUGACCGGAAUUGGCCUCUCGAUUGGGGAUCAGCUUUGGCUGGCCCAAGGCGCGUGUGGUUCCUCAGAGGGCUUGGGCCCCAAGGGCUUCGAGGCUCUAACGGUGCCCAUCCCGGUGGUGGAGGGCAGUGUGGGCUUCGAGGUGAACCUGGGCACUCUGCCCUUCAGCGCGCUGCCUGGGGUCUACCAGCUCUGCUGGUGCCCCGUCUCUGCCGAUUGCUCCCGUGUGGAGCUCUUCCGAGCGCCGGCGGGCAGCUUGCAGGCGGAUUGCCCUCCCGGCAGCUUUGCCAGUGGCCCCGUCACAGGCCGGAUCUGCGAGGUGUGCUCCCGCGGCUACUACUGUGGCGGCGGAAAGCCUUCGUCAGCUACGAGGAUUCCGUGUGCUCUUGGAGAAACAACUCUCUUCAAGGGUGCGGUUUCGAGCGCCGCCUGCCUUUGCGACAAGGGCUACAGCUUUGAUACGGUCAAGAGCUCCUGCGAAGCUUGCAGCAUCGGUUUCUACAAGACUGACCCUGGCAACCAGGAGCCCUGCAGUCAGUGCGAAACGAACUACACCACGUAUGCGACAGGCUCUGUCUCGAAUUCCUCGUGCAUUCCGGAAUUCUCGCAGACCUCGAGUGGGUCUUCCAAUCAAGAUCAUGCAGAAGUGCCCGCCGUCUCGUUCCAACUCUCGCUGUUUGGCCUUCCAACCGACGAGGAUCCCGCGGUGAUCCGGCAACAGCUGAUUGAGUUGUUCUUGGCCACUCUGUCUGCUGCCACACGGAUGGACCCUUCAGCGAUUUCCAUUGACUUCCUCACCGACACGGAGAACGCCGCGAACUCCAGCAACGCCUCGGACGAGACGGCGAACGCCCCGGGCCGGCGACUCCAAAUUGAUUUGUCCAGGGUGGUCUUCACUAUCAAGACGAGGACGGAGGAGGAAGCAGCCACGACGGUGUCUGACUUGGAUGUGUCCGCCGUGACCAACGAGAUUACGAGCUCGGUUCAGGAGAACCCGACCCUGGGCGAUGGCAUCAAUGUGAUGGUGACGAGUCCACCUCAAAAGACCUCCACCACGGUGACCUGUCCCAUCCGGCGCUCCAUUCCGCCAGGUGUCCCCAUCCAAAGUGCGGCGGAAUGCCAAUGCAGCCCUGGAUUUGGCAUCGACCAAGUCACUGGUGCUUGCGAUCCCUGCAUCCUCGGGGAGUACAAGGACAACAUCGCAGACGCGGUUUGUGAUCGAUGUCCAUCCUUAAGGUCGACUCAGCAAAGGGGCUCCACAUCUCUCCAAGACUGUGUGUGUGAGGCUGGGCUCUUUGAAGCUGAGGGUGGCAUUUGCUCGGGUUGCCCUGAGGGCCACUACUGUGAUGGAAGUGGCUUCAAGACUUUGUGCCCGCCCCACUCGACGACCCCCAACGAGAAUCAGCGAGGGAUGGCGAGUGACUGCGAAUGCACUGCCGGCUACUUCUACAUCUCCAAUGGUUCGGACCAAACCGUUUGUAAAGCCUGUGACCGUGGCCGUUACAAGCCCAACCUGGGCAAGGGUCCCGGCCAGUGCCCCUUGACCUGCCCGGCGAAUGCCAUUACCGAGCCGGCGGCCUCCAGCUUGAGCGAUUGCUUUUGCUUGCCCGAUUUCUAUGCUGACGUGGAGGAGAGCACGGGCCAACUCGCCAGGUGCAUCAGCUGCACCUGGGAGGGGCUGCUCUGUCGAGGAGGCUUCGAAAAUCGAAGCGCCGCCGCCCCCAGUGCCCCACGCGUCCACGCGCUGCCCAUCGCACGGACCGGCUUCUACCAAACAGGCGUCACCACUGCGGUGGCCUGUGAUGUCCAGUUGGAAGAUGGAAGCUCUGCCUGCCUUGGGGGCGAGCCCUGCGUGAUGGCGCGGGUCCUGGUGGAUCCACCCAGCUUGUGCAAUGGACGAGAAGGAAUGCGAGACAAUGGCUGUGCAGAAGGAAGCUCCGGAACCUUGUGUGGCCAAUGUCCUCCGGGAUAUUCGCGGGACAGCUAUCCGGACCUUUGCCAAACCUGCCCCGCUGAUCCAGUCAGUGUGCUUGCGAUGGGCAUCGCCUCGGACAUCAUCCAAAAAGCGGCCUUGAACUUCGUGGUGGCCGUCAUGGCGGCCACCACCGCUGUGAAGGGAGGGACCAAGCUUCAUACGAGCAUCAUCCGUCUUGGAACGCAAUGGAUUGCAGCUUGCUCUGUCCUGAUGGAAUUCAACAUGGAGACGCUUCCAGGCUUUGACUGGUCUGAAAAGGACGCUGAGAUGCAGAAGCUGGCGGCCUGUGCCGAGUCCAAUAGCACUGAGUGCGACACCAAAUCCGAGGGCCUGAAGAUGCCGUGGCCACCAGAGGCCACAGCCGCGAUGAACAGCGUUUUAUCCUUCACCAGCCUCCUGGUGCCCCGCAUCGCCACCGUGGAGUUCGCCACCAGCUGCUACGCCGAGAGCUUGGGACCCGAGCUGAAACUGGCCGGACCGGCCAUGUAUUACUUGUUGAAUCCUUUGGGCGCCAUGGCGGGCGUCUUCAUUAUUUGUGCUUUCGCGGUCUACUGCUUGAUCCCCUGCGCCAACAAGGGAGGCAUGUUGUUCAAUCCACGUGCCCAGAGAAUGAAGGCCAAGAAGAAGGCCGUUGAGAAGCUGGAACCGGUGCUCAGUCCGCUCUUGGAUGACCUGGGACUCACCUGGGUGGAUCUUGAGGCAGCCAACCUUUGGAGCAACUCAAGCCUUGAGAGCAUCGAGAAUGCCAGCGAAGACCCUGACAGCUUCAUUUCAGGUGACAUUGCUUUCUCCAGGAAGCUGGCUGUGAAGAUGUGUUUGCACAAAAGCCGAAGAGAUCCACACGUGGCGAGCCUGUGUAGGCAGGUGCACCUCACUUGGGAGGAGUUCAAGGCCGAGCCAGAUAUUCUGAUUUGGCACCUGAGCGAUGAACGUGUACAGGAAGCAGCUCUAGGGGAGACUAGUCCCAGCCUGGUGGAGUUAAUGGUGAAGAGGGCCUUGGCCUGGAAGCUUCGGGACAACUAUGAAGCCAAGUGCACGGAGGCUGGAGUGAGGCCUUUCGAGGUGGCGGCGGCAGUUGCUGACAUCUAUGACACUGCAGCCGAGCUGUAUGGUGCUCAGGACGAGGAGGAAGAGAAGGCUCAAUUUGAAGCCCUUUGCCGAUCCAAAAUGACCCAAAUCAGGCGGAAGCAGGUGGGAUUCAUCAGUGAAGGCUCCGCGCCUUCGCAGAAAGGCCAAGACCAGCCGAAGAAGACGGUGGACAUCGAGACCUUAGACUUUGGCCUUUUCUCCUCCUUCCCAUGGCCGCUCCAGCUCUUCUACGAGUGCGUCCCAGUCUUUUGGGUGGUUCUGCUGGCCAUGUGGCCGGGUUUGUUGUCCAACUUCCUCAAGAUGAUUUGGUGCCUCCCCAUCGUGGAGGACAUCGUCGAGAACAAUCAAGUGGUGACCACCAGCAGGCAGCGCCUGCGGCCAGAUCCAGAAGUGAUCUGCUGGGAAGGAGAUCACUAUUUGGUCUACAUGAUCUCUUUCAUCGGCUUGGGUGUUUGGUGCUGCGGGGUGCCAAUCUUGCUAUAUCUUCGGCUCUUGUGCCUGAGAGACAGGCAAAGCCCGGACAAUUUCCGGAAGUAUGGCUACUUUAUUCAAGGAUACGAACCCCAGUACUGGUGGUGGGACAUCAUUGUGAAGCGCUUGGAUGUGGGUUUGAUGAAGCUCACGACCUACACCUCCAUGGCCGCCGAUGAGAAAGCGAAGCUGCUACUUUUCCCCAUCUUGUCGGGCUUUCAACUCGGGAUCUUCUCGUGGUACAAGCCCUUCAUUCAUUCGCAGGGUGGCAUCUUGGACAUUUUGGAGAUGUGCCUGCUCAUCGCGCGCUUCACGCUCUUCAGUGCGAUCUCCAUCAUCUUGAUCUUCAAUCCAUCGCAAGCCGUGGCAUGGGUCUUGGCCGGUGCUUUGGUCUUGUUGUUGGGCUGCACCUUGGCCUUCUUUUUGCUACACACCAUCUCUCAGUUCUUGCGCGGUGCCGCAGCCGAGCUGGAGGAGACCAGCAAUACCAAGCAGGCCGGACAGAAGAAGAAGGGUCUUGCACAAAUGGCAGUCGGAAUUAAGAAGUUCUUCAUUGAGUUGGCUUUGCCCUUCUUCAUGGAAAGCGAUGAUGAAAAACUCUACCUGGAGUGGUCUCUGCACUCCUGGAAAGCCUCAAUCGUGAGCGCGGCAGAGCGGAAGGGGCAAACGGAGCAGGCGACGAGAUCCCGGAUCGUCUCCUGCUUCAAGUCCUUCCGUGCCUUUGUUCUGCACCACGGGCCCUCCGUGGAGCGGCAAAACUUGGCCAAGGCCUUCUCAGACUUCGGGGAAGCUUGGAUGGAAGACUUCGACCAACCGGGCUUGCCCGUGGACAUGGUGCACGUGCUGUGCGUUUUAACGGCGACCUCCAGCUUUGUUCCGGCCAAGACGCCACUGAGCGAGACAGCGCACAAGUGGCAGCAGCAGGCUGAGAACUUGUUGCGCCAUGGCCAUGAGCAAGAGAAACACUACGUCUCAGCGGACAGCUUGGUGUCCAGUCGCACACGCUUGCUCAACCUGAACCACGCUCACGCGGUGACUUUGGUGCAGAAUGUCCAAGAUUUCUUGCUCUCGGAGAAGCGCCGGGCGACAGAGUCACGAAGGAUCGCCAAGGAAGCCGAGGAGAGGAAGCAGCUGGAAGCAGCAAAAUCUGCGAAAUCAGGAGGCGCGAUGUCUCCUGUACACUCCUUGCUGCAUCAUCAUGCACAGGCUCAGGAGGUCCUUGAAAAGGCGAAGACCUUCGAGAAGACACCAAUGGUGGACUCGGCCAGCCAAACCACACAAAGCGCGAUGGCCAAGAAGACAAACAAGAUGGAUGAAGGUGAAGUGUCGCCGCGCUGGGAGCCUUUGAAAGCGCCUGAGCCAGCAGAUCCACCAUUGGAAGAGAUCCAAAUCCAUCAGGUCCGAGAAAAGACCCCGGAGGCGGUCACUCCGGUCACCCCGGUGACGCCCAAGGUCGUGGCAGUGUCCUGUGACCCAGAGCCGGCAGAGCCUGUUCAAAGUCCUUUGCCUCCGCCACCACCCGUGCAGGUCCAACCAGCGCCGAUCCUUCCCAAAGGGCCUCGCACCAUCCCCAAAGCCAAGCGCCCAUCGCCUUCUACCGUGGCUGCCGCACCGAGCGCGGAAGCGCCGCGCCUUCCACCGAGCGCCCCGCCGGCGCCCACGUCGCCGGUGUCGCCGGCGCCGCCCACGACGCCCGCCGGGGCGUCGCUGGUGGCGCGGUCGGUGAGGUCGGCGCCCCGACCGCCGCCGCCCAAGGCGGCGCCCGUGGGCAGGGCACCUGCAGUUGCGAAGGCGCCUUCCAGAAGCGACCGAGUGCCAUUGAACCAGGCCGCAUUGGCCAGAGAGACCACAUCAGACACUGAACCAGAGGAGACGGAGGAGGAAGACUCUGACGACGAGCAGUGAGGGAGAUUUGUUGAAAUUGGCACCUCCGCCAUUGCCGCCAUCGCCGCGCCUGUCAGCGCUGGCCCGGCUCCAGCCGCGUGCGAAGCACUCGCUGCUUUUUUGAGGCUGGGCCAGUGCUGUGCGGUGCCUGAGCUCCGUACUGAGCUCCAGACCGCUUGUAGAUUUGGAGCAAGAGUUGACCUCUUAGGCCAGAAGUUGUAUAGGUACUUAGAGGUCAUGAUGCUUGGUGGCCCCAAUUGUGAAUGAUAAGCAGCCAAGCAAGU